AUGGUCAUGGAUCAAUACGAACGCUUGAGUGACGUCUUGAAGCUCUCUGCCCACGUCACGCGAGUCCUAGGACAGAAUCCUGGACAAAUGACCUUGCAAGGUACAAACUCUUACCUUCUUCAGCCUCCCUCGAACCCCCACGCUCCUCUCAUUCUCGUGGAUACCUCCUCCCCUCACACGGCUCAGCAAUAUGUCGAUCUUCUUUUCCUCCACCUCCACCAUUUGGGCCUCGAGUCGGGGAUCCGAGAAACGCAUUUUGAAAGUGCGGCUGCCCAAAUGACCCUGCGGAACUUUAAGGAGGAGAACCGGGAAAACGUCCGAAAGAUUGUCAAGGAGCAGCGUGAAUUCGAUCCUUGGAGAGACCAUACCGGUCUCGUAGAGUAUGGACCGGGCAGCUCCUGGGUCAAGGAUUUCGAUGGCAAAAGCCAUGAGCGAAAGCUUCCCGUGGUUGAGCAUAUCGUUCUCACCCAUCGACAUCUCGACCACGUCGGCGCCCUGCCCCUCUUGCUCAAGACGCUGAAAGAACACGGCUGUCCCCCACCCAAGUUGUGGAAGUUUCCAUCUCCGGACGAAGCCGAGUUGAACGCUUCCGAUCGAGACCGCCCCAGUUCUGACUCGUCCAUCUGGCAAUCUCUUCCUCCGGGCACAUACACGCCCCUCUCCCCCUUCCAGCCUUUCCACCCUAUCCUUCCCGGUCUCAUGAUCUCCAUCAUCGAUCCCAGGUACCGCAGUCUGCUCAAAUACGACAAAGAUGGGCGGGCAAAGUGGAAUGAAGUGCCCGAGAUCGCGAGAGUCAGUGUGCGAUGUUUGAGGACGCCCGGACAUACAGCGGAUAGCGUCAGCCUGGUCUUGAUGGAAGGAGAAAAGGGUGUGUUCACUGGGGAUACGGUGCUGGGACAUGGUACUACACAAUUCACCGACCUCUCCUCCUAUAUGACCUCCCUUCGUACUCUCCUCGCGCUCAAGCCCAAAGUUCUCUACCCCGCCCAUGGAAAUCACCUUAUCGGCCCCGAGAAGUGUCUCGAGCACAUCCAAACUUAUAUCGCUCAUCGACAGACGCGAGAAGACGAGAUUGCCGCUCUGCUUCAACGUUUUUCCAAGGGUAAAGAAGAGAGUCUCGCCGAGGCUCUUCUCGAGAUGAAGAAACAAUUGCACGAGAAGAAGGAGGCGGAGAACAAGGAAAAGGGACCGUUGAUGUUGGAUCGCAAGAAAGCUGUGCCUCUCCCAUCUUUUGACGAAGAGCGCAGAAGACUCGAGUCUCUUGCUCGACUAGACGGCGUCUUGCCCAUGAGCAUCAUCACCCGCCUUCUUUACAAGUCCGAAAACGAGCGUCUCCUCUUCGCGGCGUCCAAAAAUGUCAACGCACACCUGGAAAAGCUCAUCAAAGAGGAGAAGGUAAAGAGAGGACGAGUAACUGUUGUGAGACUUGUCGAAGGAAAUGUGGAAGAGGAGAAGGAAGACACUGAUGGCUGGGAGUGGGUUGGUGCGAUAUAG